UCAGGCUGUUUUCAGGCUGUUUUCAGGCUGUUUUCAUCAGGUUUUCAUGUGUUUCUGUCACAGGAAGCUGCUCUGCUGUGCUAGCACAGUGUAGCGUGCCCCGCUAACAUGGUGCUUUCUGUAUAAAUUAACCGCCGUAUCACGUAAUGGUCGGAGGCUCGUUCAACAACAUGUUUUAUGCAAACUGAAAUUAGGCUCAUCAUGGCGAAUCAUUUCCACAUCAACACCCCGCUGCUGGAGAGCGUCAGUAUGUCCAAACGUGUUGGAACCAGCGUCCUCCUGAAGAUGGAGAACUCGCAGCCCUCUGGCUCCUUCAAGAUCCGCGGUAUUGGACACCUCUGCCAGCAGCUCGCCACACAGUCCAAAGGCGUUGUCUGCUCCUCAGGAGGUAAUGCUGGUUUGGCUGCAGCUUACGUUGCCAGAAAAAUGGGUAUACCUGCCACAAUCGUGGUCCCGUCCUCGUCUCCUCAGCUGGUGGUUCAGAGACUCCAGGAUCAGGGCGCCACUGUCAAGAUGACAGGCAGG